AUGGCUCUGGGCUGGGGAGUUGACUCUUGGUUUGGUUGGGCGAAGGGGGAAAAGGGACCAUCUCGGUACGGGUGUCACGGACAGACGGUAUUGCACACAAAGCGGACGGGCAUGCGGCCAAUGGCAUCGCCCGGCUGCGCGUAUCAUUGCGAAAUACCGCUGAAUCGACGUGAAAUUACCAUCAGCAGCCGGAAGAUUACUCGAGUUUACAACCCCACUCGCCUUUUCCAGCCAGGGGCGCGACGUCGCUGGCCAAUGGAUUUCGGGAUUUUCCCAUGGAUGGCUUCAAAGCACAAUGUGGUCCACUCAGAUCCUGAUGAUUUCCCUUGGGACGGGAUUGGCUGGGCACUAGAAAAAUUACGCUCGAGAUGCUCAGGUAGCAGUUGA